CGUCAAGCUCUCAACUUUGAAGCACAAUAAGCUUCAACAUUCUCCCAUCCAAACUAAAUUCUAGUGUUUCUUCUUCUGCCAUUGCCACAGAAUCAAAUUACCAAACAUGAGCAAAGGAACGGCAAGCUUCGGGAAGAGGAGGAACAAGACCCACACGCUGUGCGUGCGGUGCGGCCGCCUUAGCUUCCACCUUCAGAAGAGCCGUUGCGCCUCCUGUGGCUUCCCUUCCAGCCGUUUCAGAAAAUAUAACUGGAGCGUGAAGGCGAUCCGAAUAAAGACAACAGGGACUGGUAGAAUGAGGUACCUUCGCCACGUUGCUGUGAGAUUCAAGUUUAACUUCAGAGAAGGUACCAAGGCAGGUCCAAGAAAGAAGAGAGCUUCGUCAUCGUCUCAAGCUUCUGCGCUUUGGGUUGGCUAUGAAUACUAAUAAGACUA